CAAUAGUCUUUUAUUUUUAACCUAAAUAAUUGAAGAUUUUUUUCAACACAAAAUAAUUUAACGAAACGUCAUUUAAAAAAUUGAUUAAUAAGAAAAAAAACAGAUGGCUGAAAAGAAUUUAACGUUUGAACAUUUGUGUGUGUAUGCUGAUCAAGUGUUCGGCAGUGAAAACUGGUCACAUGUAAUCAAAAACCAAACCAUUGAUUUCGAAAAAGAAGAUAAGACUAGGAAAGUUACGAUAGGAUGUUUUACAAUAGUGAGAGUAAGUUAUCAAGAUGAGAGACAUCACGAAGGUGUUGGAUUUUAUGAGGGUACUUUUGAGACAAAAGGGACAGCUUUUAAAGAAGUUAGAACGAAAUCUUUGGUUGAUGCAAUGUAUAAUACUCUUAUCAGCUUCAAGGAAAUUCGUGAUUAUUUUGAAAAUCUAGAGAAGAAGAAAGUGGAGCGUAUUAAACGACAAAAUGAACUAAAACAACAAUGGAUUUCUAAUAAUUUCGAUUCCAAGAAAACAAUGAUAAAUGAAUCCGAGAAUACUCAUCACUUAAAAAAUUAAAUUAUAAUUUGUUGUUUUAAUUUUUAUGUGAAACCAAAUUUAUUUAUGUAAUAAAUGAAUAAAAAUUAAUUAAUAACUAUAAAUUACUAUUAGAAUCAAAAAUAACCAGUGAAGCGGGAAAGUAACAGCUAUAUUUGAUAUAUAUUUAUAUAUAUUCAUAUUAGAUAUUAUAUUAAGUGUACAGUUGAAUUAUGCCACGCGAAGCGGGCGGGCACAG